UGUGUUCGAACGGAGUCCUCGAAGCACGCCAAGUUAACAGAUGUACAGGAUGGCUAUGAUCAAUCAGACACUUCCGCAAGGAACCUUGUGGGACCACCGAAAAAUCUUCACUAUUUGUUAAGCAUUUUCCAGGCUGUACCAAAGAGUCACUGGGCAUAUUCGUAUCCGAGCAAUAUGUGUGCUGAUACUCCCCGGAUCACAGCAGUCAUGGCAGUUGACGGUUAUAGAGACUUUCCAGCAAUCGCAAGGCUUCCUGUCAUAUGCACAUUUGGAAAUCCACCAGAUUUGAAAACACGCUCUGAUGAUGAAGUGUGCAGCGCGGCAGCAUACUUUGACAAAAGUAAAGGACGUUGCGUAUGCACAGAAGGUGACAUGGUACAAAUCAAUCCUAGUGCCUACCCAAACACACCCCUCGAAAUAUAUUACGUUUACAAUGACUCUGAAUAG